AUGAACCCUCCCUCUACGAAGGUGCCCUGGGCCGCCAUAACGCUCCUGCUGCUGCUGUUGCUGCCGCCCGCGCUGCUGUCACCCGGGGCGGCCGCGCAGCCCCUGCCCGACUGCUGCCGCCAGAAGACGUGCUCCUGCCGCCUCUACGAGCUGCUGCACGGCGCGGGCAAUCACGCGGCCGGCAUCCUCACGCUGGGCAAGCGGCGGCCGGGGCCCCCGGGCCUCCACGGCCGGCUGCAGCGCCUCCUGCAGGCCAGCGGCAACCACGCGGCCGGCAUCCUGACCAUGGGCCGCCGCGCAGGCGUAGAGCCAGCGCCGCGACCCUGCACCGGGCGCCGUUGUCCCGCCUCGGCCACCUCGUCUGUCGCGCCUGAGGGGCGGUCCGGGGUCUAA